AAAGUUGCGAUUGUCGACAAAAUAACGGCUAUUGACCAAUUAAAAUCAAUGUUACAACAGCAUUUAGGCGAUUAAACAAAAAUGGCUGAUCAAGAUGCAAAGACUGAGCUAUCAAAGGAGGUAUUGGCACCAGCUGAAGGAAUUAGGGAAGACCUGGUUGCAACUGCAGUAAAGUUCUUACAGAACCCAAAGGUUCAACAAAGUGCCCUCAGUCAGAAGAAAGCAUUUCUUCAGAGAAAAGGUUUAACAGUUGAGGAGAUAGAAGUAGCUGUGAAGAGAGCAGGGGUUCAGCAGAACAAUGCUGUUAUACAGGGUAAUACUGGUUACCAGGAUACUGUUGCCAUGCAACAAGGUACAGCCCCAGAACCUCCUGUCAAAGCUGAGGAGAUAAGUACAUGGAUGAAAGCUAGACAUGUAUUAGCAAUGGUUACUAUGGUAUCUGGAAUAUCAUAUGCAGCUUAUAAACUAUACAAGGAGUAUUUUGGACCUUGGUUAUUUGGCUACGAGACCAAUGAGAGACGACUGGAGAAGUUAGAGAAGAUUGUAGCAGAGUCAGUAACUAACAUGAAUACAACACUUACCUCUAUAGAGGAAACACUAGGAAAACAACAAGAUAAACUACUAAUGUUAUCACAUGAUGUCAACAGUAAAAUAGGAGUAGAUAGUAGCCCUGUAGGACAAAACAGCUCCAGUAUUAGUGAGAUCAAAUCAGAGCUUUCCUCUAUAAAAGGACUUUUAUUGAACAGACGACAGUUUCCAUCAAUGCCAACAGCUACCCCAAUGUUACCAUCUUGGCAGCUUGCCAGUAAUUCAGGGGAUGCUAAUUCUAACGACAAAGAUAAAUCAGACAGUGAAGAUAGCUCACCAGAAAUAACAAUGUCUUCACAUCCUGCACCUGAUAACCCUGUAAUACAAGAUCCUGAAUCAGAUCAAGAUAAUACUGAACUGUCCUUGUCCGGGAAAGAUUCUGAGAUAUGUACUAAAAACAACAACACUGAAGUUAGUGGUAUUGAAAAUGAGGCUAGUGGAAGUGAGAACGAGGCUGAAAGUGAGAAGGAAAAUAAGACAUCAGAACACACAGUAACAGAGGAACAUGACCAUAGUGAGGGAAACUAAAUGUGAAGCUGAUUGAACCACAAUCUGUGCCAAGUUAUCAAAUGCAGUAAAACUUUCAAAAUGACACUUGUCUGAUUUUCAAAAUCAUAAUUUUAUCACCUGUAGAUUAAUAGACAAUCAUUUUCAAAUCUGAAUUCUGAAACCAACAAUCUUCUGCUUUAGAUUAUAAAGAAAAAGAGUUAAACUUUUAUUUUCGCUGAAAGUGAAAAUAUAAUAUGGUACAUACAAUCUUUGGUGAAAGUACACUCAGAAUAUAUGAUACCUUUUGUUAAUUAGCUGACAUUACCCUUGUGUUGUACAUAUAAUGUUAAACACUAAUUUCUAUAUGAAGGAUAUAUACAUGUACUAAUGAACAAUUAGUUGUUUCUAGUCAUCAUUAGAUAGUACAUGUUUUCUUCAAUAACAAGCUAUUAUUUAGGGUAUUGCUUUGACAGUAAGUUGUACAAGAUAUUUAUUACAGAAAACUUAAACUGUGUUAAUGUUUGAUACACAUGAGAUAUUUACUAUAUGUACCAACAUUUACAUGGAACACAAUAAAUUGAUGAUUCUUAUAGCUAGCAAAACAGAAAGGAGAAGUACAUCUUUGAAAUCUUGUCAAGCUUGUCUAUUCAAAGAAUAGGGAGAGCUGUUAUACUCAUUGAAGUGUCUGCACCGCCAUCACACUUUGUUCAAGUUUAUUAGGGCAAAUUGUUAUCUCUGAAACUACUGGAGGGCAUGGGUUGAAACUUCACACACUUGUUCUCAUUGAUUAUCUUUAAUGAUGUGAACAGGUUUUCUUUGGACAGAGUUAUAUCCCUUUCUCUUACUGUCAAAAACUGAAAAUAUUCAAGUACUGUCUUACAGACAGCUCUUAUCAAUGAUUACUGUAUUUUCAUAUUUUAUGUGAUAAAGGUGCUGUAUAUAUUAUCUUUGUUGAAAUAAAUAUAACUGCUUAUUUGUACA